UCUCUCUCUCUCUCUCUCUCUCUCAGAUUCUGGGAGUUUGGUGGUUCUUUGUGACUAUUUAGUCUGAAUAAAUCACAUUGCCUAUCUAUUUAUAGAUAGAAUGGACGAAGUCUUCUUUACUUUUAUCCACUCAUUUUACUUUGAAAUAUUAUGCAAAUGUGCUCUCUUACCAUAUUAUACAAAAGCCGACAUAGAGGCGUCCAGCAGAGACCAGUAUUAUUAAUUUAAUGGUCUAUAUUGACGUGAUGAACAAAAUUAGUAUAGAAAAAUGGUGUGUGUAGCAUUAUUGUAAAAUAUUUUCAUAAAAAUGGUGAAAAGUCGCUUUUACCCCCCUCAGAGCCCUUAUAAACCUAAUUUUAAUUCCCCCAGUCCCCAAAUUCACUUUAUUACCGCCUCCCCUCUCUCUCUCUCUCUCUCUCUCUCACUCUCACACGGGAAUGGAGCAGCGCGGCAGCCAGCCAUAGAUGUGAGCAUUCGGAAUUUUCUGAGAGCUUUUCGACAACACGACAACAUUUCCGCAGUUGAAGUUCAGAUCGUUGCUCCUGGGAAGAAGACGAGAGAGAGAGAGAAUGGCAGAGAUUUCUGGAAGCAAUAGGACAGAUGCUGAUGUUUCGCUGCCAGAGAACAGUGGUGGUAAGAGAGAAAGAAAGGAGAGGUGGUGGAAGAAGGUGUUGGACGUGAAAGAAGCCAAGAACCAGGUCUUGUUUUCUCUACCGAUGAUACUCACCAAUGUUUCUUUCUACUUAAUCCCUGCAAUAUCUGUCAUGUUCGCCGGCCACCUUGGAGAGCUCCAGCUCGCCGCCGGCAAUCUUGCUAACUCUUGGGCUACCGUCACCGGUCUCUCUUUCAUGCGUUUAGGAAGGGACCGGAGGAAUGCUGAGUCGUGGGACUCGAUGAUAUCUUGGUAUGCUAAAGGUCAGGUUGGCCUAAGUGGAGCACUUGAGACAUUGUGCGGGCAAGGAUAUGGCGCACAAUUAUACAGAAUGUUGGGAAUUUAUUUACAAGCAUCUUGCAUCAUAUCUAUCUUCUUUUGUAUCAUUAUAUCAAUUUUCUGGAUGUUCACUGAACCCAUUCUGAUAUUACUUCAUCAAGAUCAUCAGAUAUCAAAAACCGCUGCUUUGUAUAUCAAGUAUCUCAUACCAGGAUUAUUUGCAUAUGGGUUUUUGCAUAACAUCUUGAGAUUUCUUCAGACACAAUCGGUUGUUGUGCCAUUGGUGGUUUGCUCGGGGGUCCCAUUAGUCAUCCACAUUGGCAUCACCUAUAUUUUGGUUCAUUGGACACAUCUUGCCUUCAAGGGCGCAGCAUUGGCUGUUUCAGUUUCAUUAUGGAUCUCAGUUCUUAUGUUGGCCGUCUAUGUGCUUAAAGCCAAAAAAUUUAAGCAGACCUGGGAAGGAUUUUCUUGGGAGUCAUUCCAUUAUAUUCUUAUAAGCUUGCAGCUGGCCAUUCCUUCUGCAGCUAUGGUGUGCUUGGAAUAUUGGGCCUUUGAGCUUCUAGUUAUUCUAUCUGGAUUGAUGCCAAAUUCAAAAAUAACCACUUCAUUGAUUGGGAUGUGUGUAAAUACUGAAGGUAUCGCCUAUAUGAUUACCUACGGCCUAAGUGCAGCUGCAAGCACAAGAGUGUCAAAUGAAUUGGGAGCAGGCAAUCCUGAUCGAGCUAAGCACGCUAUGGCUGUCAGUCUCAAGGUCUCUAUCCUCCUUGGUGUAGUUGUUAUCUUGGCCCUAGGUUUUGGUCAUGAUAUCUGGGCUGGUUUCUUCAGUGAUAGUCAAGAGUCUUAUCAGGGGUGGCCAGGGGUUUGCGGUUGGCAGCAUCUUGCUGUGGGCAUUAACUUGGCAUCAUUCUAUUUCAUCGGCAUGCCAAAUGCAGGCGUUCUCGGAUUUAAGGUCAAACUACAUGCUAAGUUCAAGCCUUCAAUGCCAUUAUUGGAAGCUAACUAUGUUAGGGGAACCCCUCUCUCUCUCUCUGGAUAUUCAGGUUUUGUUAAAGGCGUUGAACAUCACAACAGUGAGCGUAAAGAUUUUCUCAAUAUUGACUGCAACAUAUUCCUAUUGGCCAAGUGGGAGUCAAUGCAAUGCAGGCUUUUCCUGUUUUGUUGCCAUCUGAAUUGGGUUGGAGUGAAGUCUCAAGGGUAA